CUUUUUAAAAAAAUACCCCACCAGCCGUGCCUGUUUGUGUGUGUGGGUGCGUGAAAAAGAGAUCGUGUGUGUGUGUGUACAACAGUCGUGUUAAUUUCGAUCGCGUUCGACCGCUUUUUUUUUCUUCGACCAACGCGCAUAACGCGGGGUGAGGACUCACGAUCACGACGGCUCUUCGACGUGUGUGUCUUUCAUUCGUGUUUGUCGCUUCACAGCGGGCAGCAGCAGCAGCGGCAAGUUUUUCAACCCGAUUAGCGCGCGCGCUCUCGAGAUACCGCCGAGCACUCGCCAUCACCUCCCCUUCAUCGCAAUAACUAGCAGAGGGUCUCUGGUGGCCACCACACUGCGUUCGAACCGAGUCUUCAGUCGUUCAGUUACGAAACAAACGCUGUGCAGGCCGCAGGCUUUUCACGACCGUUCCCUCUCUCUCUCGCCGUGCUCUCGUCGUUGCGUGCUGGUGCCGGUGUGUGCGCGCCUUGCGUGUCGAAUGUUUGCCCUCGACGGUGGUCGCAAGCGGGUUAAGGAAAAGCAGUGUACCGCGACAGGAUCCGCCAAGGCGCUCCCGGGUCGGUGAAAGGUGCAUUGUGUGUGUGUGUGUGUGUGUGUGUGUGUGUGCGUGCGUGUGUGUCACGUAGUGAAAGUUUUUGUGAGAAGAAAACAAAAAUCGUGUGUCGCGUGUGUCUGUUGGGCGUGUUUGGGCGUUUGGGUGACACGUGGCAUUAUUAGUGCGUGUGCGUAACGCUAACGGCGGCUACGAAAAUUGCGCCCGCCGUAACGCUUGGAAAGUGGAGCCCAACGGACGGGCGGCUAGUAACGCUUUAGUGACGGCCAGUUCCUGUUAGAGCCCCCUAGGAAAGAAAAAAAAAAAAAACCCCACAAAAACUCUCCCUGCGUCUGUGCCUUAUGGAGCAGGAUAUCAUUAAGCGCCCGUGCAGUAUCGUACCAUCGUACAUGGUCAACAAGAUGCGGAUAGACAUUGAGAAUCCGCUGCUCCAGAGUCACCGCCAGCGCGAAACCACCGGCAUCAAGAAGCUGUACAAUUCGUUCUUCGUUAUGUUCUAACUG